AUGCUCGAGCGCUUCAAAAAAUCUGACAUUGGUAUGCCAACUGCUCAUUAUGUUCAAAAUUCUCCAUCAGGCUUUGAUUACAACCGUGCCACCGCCAAUCGACGCGGCCGUGGAGGCAGAAAUGGCCGUGGUGGUGGACGUUUUGGCUUCAAUAACACCAAUUCAAGAGUGCAGUGUCAACUAUGUGGAAGAUUAGGGCAUGUGGUAUGGAACUGCUACCACAGAUUCGACCAUUCGUUCAAUCCCAAUUCUGGAAAUCCCUCUACGACACCUCAAAUUCCAUACAUCAAUGCACACCCACCACCUCCCCCUGCGAAUUUUCACCAACCAACAGCCUUUCUUACUGCCCCAUCCUCAUCAUUGAGUGAUGCAUCCUGGCUUGCAGAUUCUGGUGCCAGCCACCAUCUCACACCAGACCCUUCAAAUCUUCUUUCUUCUUUUGCGAGCAACACAGACGCAAAUCAAGUCUUUGUAGGUAAUGGUACAGGUAUUGCCAUCAAGAAUUCUGGCUCCUUUAUCCUUUAUGAUAAAUAUACUAAUAUCUCUUUCUGUUUAAAGAAUUUGCUUCAUGUCCCUCAAAUUACCCAGAAUUUGCUAAGUGUGUCCAGGUUUGCAGCUGAAAAUGGGGUUUUCUUUGAAUUUUGGCUUGAUUUUUGUGUUAUCCGUGAUCAGGCUACCAGGAACUUUCUCCUACAGGGCAUAGUUAGAAAUGGAGUUUACUCCUUUGACACUCUCAGAGUUCCUAAGCCUAAUACUCAGGCCACUGCUUUAAGCUGUAAUUCUAAUUUCCAUCAUGAUGUUGUUCCUGGUUUAGACAACUUCAAUUAA